AAAUUCAUUUCAAACUUCAUGAUCAGCUGUUCGUGUUUGUGUUUUGCUUGGUUGGUUUGGUUCAGUUUUUAAUUUUUCUAUUAGUAAUGAUAGCACCGAUUACUAUCUAGUUUAAUAGGUACGUAAUGGAAAAAGAAACUGCCAGUAAUCGUGUCGGCACUGCUACAAGAGGCAGAAAACGUAAAACUUCAGAUGGUGAGACUUCUGAAUCCGAGUGCAAAAGGAAAACUACAGUAAAAUCUAAAACAAGUGAUCAAGAGCCAAAAACUAAGAAACCAAGGCUUAAAAAAGAGCCAAUAGUAAAAGAGGCAAAACAAAAAGUAAUUAAAAAAUCGUUAAAAGAAAAUACUGAGAUGGGUUUAAAUAGCUCGAAAAAAGUAAUUGAAAAGCCAUCAAAAGUAAUUACUGAGAUGGGUUCAAAUAGCUCUAAAAAAAGUGAUAGUUACGAUGGAAAUUCUACAACGUGGGAUGAAGCAGAAAUGCUUUCACUUCACCAGAAGAUACCAAAGAAACUAGCCGAAAACUUCAUAGAGUUGCUGGAAGAAGGCUGCACAUUACCCUUUAUAGCGAGGUAUCGAAAAUCUGCUGUGGACCACUUGAUGCCUGACAAACUUCAAGAAUUGUUUGAAUGCUACCAAAGUGUUUCCCAAUUGAAAAAGAAAGUUAAAUCAGUCAUAGAAACUCUAAAAAAGUCAAAAAAGUUAACUCCAGACAUAGAAAAGAGCCUAUUAAAUGCAAAAAACCUGUCAGAAGUAGAUUUAGUAUAUGCUCCCUUGAAAUCGCACUCUUUAUCAUUGGCUGAAAGAGCCCGAAACCUGGGUUUAGAACCUCUUGCAAUUCGUGCCUUGAACGGCGAAUUUAUAGAUCUCAAAAUGGUUUGCACUGAUGACGAAGAGUUGAGCACUCCUGAUAAAGUAGAUGCUCACAUCACACAUAUUAUUGCUGACAUUAUUUAUAAAGAUACAAGAGUGCUUGAACAAAUGAGGAACUUGAAAGAAGAAACUAGAUUUACAAUCCAGAGUAGCAGAACCAAAACUUCAACAAAAGAAAAAGAUGAUGGUAAAAAAACUGAUUCUAAGUCUGACCCAGAGACAUACAAGUUGUAUUUUGAAUGGAAAUGUCCCAGUCAAUUCAUUAAGCCCCAUCAAACAUUAGCAUUGAACAGAGGAGAAGAUGAGAAAAUCCUCAUUGUUAAAGUGGUUGUCCCUGAUUGGUUUUAUAAUAGAUUGGAAAAAUUUUGCCUUACCCUCUGGAAAAGUAAUUACUGGGUACGAAAGGGUCUGAUCGACGCCUACAAUCGUCUCAUAAAGUCAUGGCUGUCAAGACAAGUCAGAUCUGACCUUACGUCGCAAGCGCAAAAGGAAGCAGUCAAGACCUUCACCACUAACAUGGAGAAAUACCUUCUGACUGAGCCAGUGAAAAACAGAACCAUUGUAGGAUUGGAUCCAGGGUUUAGAGCUGGUUGUAAGGUGGGGAUAAUUAAUCCUAAUGGAGACAAGCUGGAUGCCUGCACCAUUUAUCCUAAUUUGCGGCACAUGAAUCAGAAUGAUGCGGCAGCGAAACAACUGAGAGGUCUCAUUGCUAAAUACAAAGUAGAAUUGAUCGGAUUAGGUAACGGUACAGCGUGUCGUGAGACAGAAUUGUGGCUGAAAUCGCAUAAAAUUUCAGAAAACAUUCCAAUUAUUAUUGUGCCUGAACAGGGCGCAUCUAUUUAUUCUAUAAGCAAAGAAGCUCAAAAGGAACACCCAAAUAUGGAUCCUAACUUGAUAUCAGCUCUAUCAAUAGCAAGAAGAGUUUUGGACCCAUUAGGAGAAUUAAUAAAGGUUGAUCCUAAAAAUUUAGGAGUAGGAUUGUAUCAGCAUGACAUUCCUCCUAAAAUGCUGGAAUCUGCAUUGGACUGUGCUGUGGAGAAAGUCGUGAGCUUAGUGGGUGUGGACAUCAAUACCGCAUCAAAAGCUAUGCUGAGACGAAUAUCUGGACUAAAUGAAGGUAGAGCGACCAAAAUCUUGACUUACCGCCAAGGAAAUGGCGGUUUCAAGAGCCGAGCAGAAAUCCUGAAGGUUGGCGGCAUUGGGAAGAUAACCUAUCAGCAGUGCGCCGGGUUUUUGAAGGUGUUGGGAGGGACCGAGCCUUUAGAUGCGACUAUUAUACAUCCAGAAAGUUAUAGUAUAGCUAAGCUAUUCGCAAAGAAAAUCGGAGUCAACAUCAAAGAUCUUUCUCAACCCAACUUCCCUGGUUUGGUAGAAACAAAAACUGCGUCCAUCAACAUAGAAUCUACAAGCGCAGACUUGAAAACCGACACUUGCACACUGGAGCUCAUAAUAAAUGCCUUUAAACAGAAGUCCUAUGAAGAUAACGUCAUCACCUUCUGCAGACCUGUGUAUUCUUUGACUGUGCAGGCUAAAGAUGAUAUUCAAGAGGGAAUGACUCUUACAGGCGUAGUCCGUAACGUGGUACCGUUCGGUUGCUUCGUCGACUGCGGAAUAGGAGACAACGGCCUCAUCCACCGAAGCAAUCUUGGCGCUAACCAGACGCCCAAACUCGGCGACCGAGUCUCCGUUACUGUGAUACCUUCAACGAAGGCCAAUAAACUGCAGUUAAAGUUGGAGAAGAUUCUAGACUGAUCGGUAAAUGUUUAUGUAUGUUUUUAUCGUUAGUGUUAGGCUAAGUACAGAUGGGCGCCGCGAUAACGUGCGAUCAUGUAUA